GCGAUUUUAUAAUUAUAUUAGUUGUGUUGUGUGCGUUGCUGUGUCUGUAUAUAAAUUCAGCCUCUCUCAACCCUUUUGUGCCGCUCCCGCUCUUUUGCGCACAUUCUACACAGCUAAAAAAAGUGGUUAAGCUCAGUAGGAAAGAUGGUUUUGGCGGAAGAGGAAAUUACCCGGCUUUUCAGAAUCCGGAAGACAGUGAUGCAGAUGUUGAAGGAUAGAGGCUACAUGGUGGGAGAUUUUGAGAUUGAAAUGACAAAGUAUGAGUUUGUUCAGAAACAUGGCGAGAAUAUGAAGCGAGAGGACCUCGUUAUCAAUAAAGGCUUCCGUAAUAGCUCUGAACAGAUAUACGUUUUCUUUCCCGAGGAACAGAAAGUUGGUGUCAAGACAAUGAAGACCUACACUAAUCGCAUGAAAGAAGAAGGCGUUCAUCGGGCAAUCUUAGUGGUCCAGCAAAAUUUAACACCAUUUGCACGGACCUGCGUUAGUGAAAUAUCGACUAAAUUUCACUUAGAAGUCUUCCAGGAAGCUGAGUUGUUAGUUAACAUAAAAGAACAUGUUCUAGUUCCCGAGCAUCAGCUGCUUACGGCUGAAGAAAAGAAGACGUUGCUGGAGAGGUACACCGUGAAGGAAACACAGCUCCCUCGUAUCCAGAUAACUGACCCGAUUGCAAGAUACUACGGGCUGAAGCGAGGGCAGGUUGUGAAGAUCAUACGACCGAGUGAAACUGCUGGACGUUAUAUCACCUACCGAUACGUUGUUUGAAUCGUGGGAAGAUCUGUACUUGCUGAUCUUGUCGAUGACAGCACCAGAUGACGAUAAGGCACAAAGGCUAUGUCACCGAUGUGGGACAGAAUACAUAUAAGUAUAUUAACAGUGGUGUAAUUGAACUCUCUAUAAACUAAUUUUGCAACUUCAUAAUUUCAUAGAUUUUGUGAUUGUGAAGACAUGAGUUGUAUGACUGUUCUUGUGCUAUUUUUUGUUUAAGAAAAUAUUAAACUGUAGUAAGUAUAAGUUUUGUGUUGAAAAAGAAAAAGGAAGAUAGAAAGUGAGUUGGAUUUCCAUCAUGAUAUACAGGUGAUAAUAAAAGUGGCCGUAUAUCAUGAUAUUGUUUGCACUUUGCACUAAGUCCAGUUUUGGUUA